GCGCCCCGCUCAGCCUUGCAGCCCCGCGCCCUGAGCAUCUCCCCCGAGGAACGGAGACAAAGGAGGAUUCAUGUCCAAAGGGCUCCCAGAGACCAGGACGGACGCAGCCAUGUCAGAGCUGGUGCCUGAGCCCAGGCCUAAGCCGGCAGUGCCCAUGAAACCCGUCAGCAUCAACUCCAACCUGCUCGGCUACAUUGGCAUUGACACCAUCAUUGAGCAGAUGCGCAAGAAAACCAUGAAGACUGGUUUCGACUUCAACAUCAUGGUGGUCGGUCAGAGUGGACUGGGCAAGUCAACGCUGGUCAACACACUCUUCAAAUCCCAGGUGAGCCGCAAGGCCUCCAGCUGGAACCGGGAGGAGAAGAUUCCCAAGACCGUGGAGAUCAAAGCUAUUGGGCACGUGAUAGAGGAAGGCGGGGUCAAAAUGAAGCUGACCGUCAUUGACACUCCGGGCUUCGGAGACCAGAUCAACAAUGAAAACUGCUGGGAGCCCAUUGAGAAGUACAUCAAUGAACAGUAUGAGAAGUUCCUGAAGGAGGAGGUCAACAUCGCCAGGAAGAAACGGAUCCCCGACACUCGUGUCCACUGCUGCCUCUACUUCAUCUCCCCCACGGGACACUCCUUGCGACCCCUCGAUCUGGAGUUCAUGAAGCACCUCAGCAAAGUUGUGAACAUCAUUCCGGUCAUUGCUAAGGCUGACACCAUGACCCUGGAGGAGAAGUCUGAAUUCAAGCAAAGGGUCCGAAAGGAGCUUGAAGUGAAUGGCAUUGAGUUUUACCCCCAGAAGGAAUUUGAUGAGGAUUUGGAGGACAAGACAGAGAAUGACAAAAUCCGGCAGGAAAGCAUGCCGUUCGCUGUCGUGGGAAGCGACAAGGAGUACCAAGUGAAUGGCAAGCGUGUCCUUGGCAGAAAAACUCCCUGGGGGAUCAUUGAAGUGGAAAACCUCAACCACUGUGAGUUUGCCUUGCUCCGAGACUUUGUCAUCAGGACCCACCUCCAGGACCUCAAGGAAGUGACACACAACAUCCACUACGAGACCUACAGGGCCAAGCGGCUCAAUGACAAUGGAGGCCUCCCUCCGGGAGAAGGCCUCCUGGGCACUGUCCUUCCACCUGUGCCAGCCACCCCCUGCCCCACUGCUGAAUGAAGGCCAUUUCAAGCACUGCUUCUCCCUCCAUUCCUCCCAGCUCUUAUCGCUGCCGGGCUAUGCCCUUUUUUAGAGCUGUGCUUGCCCAGCCCACCACCACCACAGCCCCCCUUCAGCUCUCAGCAGGUCGGAGGGGCCAGCUGUCUCUUUAGGACAGUUGCUUUCUCCCUGUAUCCAAACCCCUCCCUGCUCCCCGUGGAAUGGAGUUCUCGCCAGCCCAGCCCUCCUCCAUCGUCUGUAUCAGCCAGUCCCAGCCCAUCUGUAGGGGGAAAGAACUCAUCAAGAGCUCCUUCUGCCCUUGGACACCCAUACCAGCUACUUGUCACCAUCUCCGAAGGGAAAUGGCAUUGCUCCCUGUCCAUUCAUCUGCAUGAGCUACUCUUGGCUUCCUUCGAGGGUCAAGAAAGCAACUUUUCUGCUUGUCAGAUUUGUGGAUGUCAGCCGUGUGAGCCCCAGUGUGGGACAAGGGUGUCUCCUUCAUUGCUUACAGCUUAUUUCUAAUGAUGGGUCACUAUGGAUGUGGGGGGAGCCAGGCCUAGGGUCAUUUUAAAAUAAAAACCACCACUUGUAGCUGGCCCAGAGUUCAGCUUCACACUCGCCCCACCCUGUAAGGCAGCCACUUAGAGUGGUUUUCCUGGAGAGACAUCUCUGGAAUUGACUUCCUUACCCUCAAACUUUAAAAAAGAACCAAACACAGACAUAAACCUCCAGAAACCCGUGGGAUGUGAACUCUAGGAAGAAAAAACAAAAAGCACCCUUCUGUCCACUUAGCAAUAAGAGGGAUCUCUUCCCACCUACCCUGACUACUCCUGCUACCUGCUACCUUGACCUUCACCCUGCUAAUGUGAGUAAUGAAUUAGCCUGGCCUCAGUUGGUCACUGUAGGCUAGUGGAAAAUACCCAGUGGAGGGCAAAGCCCCCCAUCAGAUGCAUGAAUGUUUGCGAAUGUUGGCUGCCACUGCCCCACAUACUAUGUCUUUAUGGGAUCCCCCUCCCCGCCCACCUCCGCCAUCUCUACCUGGACACUACUUUCUCAAAGGCUGGUGACUUGUGGGCCAUUCAUCUACAACUAAGUCCUGAUGGAGCAAGAGGCCCAAGCCUAGGGGAUGCAAGAACGACCCAUUUCUUAAAUGUUACCAGUCCCAGCCAACCUUUGGGUGACAUUAUGGUUAAAUUUCCCAAUUGAAAACAAGCCAACAGACACUCCAACUGGUUGUAUAAAUGUUGCUAGACUUUAUGUGUUGUACAACUAAACAUUGCUGUUUGAACAAGAA